UUUGUCCUCCCCAGAUACCUUUUAUAUGAUGUAAAUCCUCCUGAAGGGUUCAACCUUCGCAGAGAUGUCUAUGUUCGCAUUGCUUCCCUUCUAAAGACCUUGCUGAAAAAUGAAAACUGGGUGUUAGUUCUGCCUCCCUGGGGACGCCUUUAUCACUGGCAGAGCCCUGACAUCCUUCAGGUCCGGAUCCCUUGGUCCAGCUUCUUCGAUCUCCCAAGCCUCAACAGGAACAUCCCUGUCAUUGAAUAUGAGCAGUUUCUUGCAGAGUCAGGUGGGCCCUUUAUUGAACAGAUUUAUGUCCUACAAGGCUACGCAGAAGGAUGGAAAGAAGGAACCUGGGAAGAAAAAAUAGAUGAAAGGCCAUGCAUUGAUCAGCUUAUGUACUCCAGAGACAAACAUGAGUACUACAGGGGAUGGUUUUGGGGUUACGAGGAAACACGGGGCCUAAAUGUCUCUUGUUUGUCUGUCCAAGGAUCUGCCUCUAUUGUGGCUCCCAUCCUUUUGAAGAACACUUCAGCACAGUCAGUGAUGUUAGACAGAGCUGAAAACCUUCUUCAUGACCACUACGGAGGGAAAGAUUAUUGGAAUACCCGUCGGAGCAUGGUGUUUGCUAAACACCUCCGUGUAGUGGGAGACGAGUUUAGAAACAAAUAUCUUCAAUCCACAGAUGAGGCAGACAGGACUCAUUACAAGGAGGACUGGACACAGAUGAAGGUUAAGAUGGGCACAGCUCUAGGUGGUCCAUACCUUGGGGUUCAUCUCAGAAGGAAAGACUUCGUUUGGGGUCACAGAGAGGACGUGCCUUCCCUGCAAGGAGCAGUAAAGAAAAUCCGCAGCCUCUUGGAGAUGCACAAACUUGAAAAAGUUUUUGUAGCCACUGAUGCUGUUGAGGAGGAGGUUGAAUUGCUCAAGCAACUACUGCCUGAGAUGGUGAGGUUUGAACCCUCUUGGGAGGAGCUGGAACUCUACAAAGAUGGGGGCUUGGCUGUGAUUGACCAGUGGAUCUGUGCCCAUGCAAGGUAUUUUAUAGGCACCUCAGUUUCAACAUUUUCCUUCCGGAUCCACGAGGAAAGGGAGAUCUUGGGAUUUGAUCCAAAAACAACUUACAACCGGUUUUGUGGUGAAAAAGAGAAAAACUGUGAGCAGCCAACUCAUUGGAAAAUUGUAUACUAAAAUACAGAGAAAUCCAGGGACUGCAAUACUGAUGAGCUCGAAAGAAUAAGGAAAAACUACGGGGAAACACCUCCCGUUGAUCAAACUACAACUCAGUCCUCUACCCUCUUCUCAGCAUUUACUUGACAUUUGGGAUUUGAAAUACAAGCAAUAUUCAUCUUCUUAGUCAGGCAUUGAUGGGAGUGAGAAAAAUGAAGUCAGGCUGGGAUCCAGUUCUCAGCAUAGCUAGGAUUAAAGGACAACACCAGACACUGCAAUUGAGACUUGAAAGGCAAAACUUUGUCCUGAAACUGAGUACCAAAUGAAGUAAGUCACGGGUUUCUUUGGACUUCUGAGAAAGACAAGGUAUCUUUCACAAAUGUAACACAGCUGUGAUCUGUACUGCAUUUCUGUCUUUAUUUUUUGUUCUGUUUAGUGUUGGUCUCUCUGAUCACAAAAAAUACAAUCUUGGUUUUGUAACCUGCACUAUGUGAGCUGCAGAUUAUGCAUAAACUCUGCUGUUCCUUGGGGGAGUCUUCCCUUUUCAGAUAGUAAUUUAUGAACAUUCAAAUUGCCAGUGCUCGAUAUAAAGGAGGUGGUGUUUCUACCUGAACACCAGCUGCUUCUAAUAGCAGUCUCAGUGGGCCUGUGCUGAGAGAGGCACAAAGAUGGGGCUUGUAGGUUGGUAAAAGAAAGGUUGUUCCUUCUUAAGUUUUACAUUCACAAAGGAAACUUGUUUUUUUUCCCCCAUCAUUCCCCCAAAGGCCUCCCAUCAGUUGGACUGAUGCAAAAGUCAGCACCCUAUGGGGAUCACCCAGUCACUGAAUUCAGUGGUGCUUUGCUUGGGAGCAUGCUAAAAGGCCUUUCAGCUUUCCACAUCCGUUAAAUGCAUCGUCCCAGUAAUUUGACAAGUGAAUUUUCUGCAUUUCUGCUUUCAGUUUAUAUAAGGGAGUAAACUGAGGACAGUUGCAGACAGCAAAGGUCAUGGGGCCUCGAGAUAGUGUGUAUAAGCCCUGGCAGCUGGGCACCUUGCAGGUGAGGUGGUGCUCUGAGGGAGGCAGCUGGCUGGUGCUACAGGGGAAGAGCCUGUGGGAGGUGGAGGGAAAGUGUGACUCCCAUUUCAGGAGGGGUUUGUAUGAGUACCAGUUCUAGCUCUUGCAGUCUCCUGCUACGUAGAAUUGACUGCUCCAUUCUGUGCUUCAGGUGGGUCUUUUGCCCUUCAGGUCAACAUGGCUCUGUUAAGCAGGAGGAACCUUUUUCAGAAGUGGACUAGGAAACAGAUUUCAAAAGGGGAAGCAGACAUUUUUCCUUCAAGUCAGUUUUACCAGAUUACCUUGGUGAUAGCUGUCCCUUCACCUGCUCUUUCCUCUUGGCUUGGGUAGGAACAUACACAACCCACCUGCACUGUGCCUUGGACAUUUCACAGAUGCUCCCAGACAAGGAGGUGGUUUCCUCCCAUGCAGCUGCAGCGGAAGCUGUGAAAUCUUUUCCAGCAGUAGUAGCAGCAGCUCUUCUGUUCUUACCAGCUGUUUAUUUAUCUCCAGGCAGCAGCUGAGCCUCUCUGGCAGCAAAGGGGGGAGCCCAGCAUUACAAAGCAGUGCCUUUUCCUACCAAGUCGAAUGUCGUUUAGCCUGUGCGCCCUUUAAAGCGACGGUGGCAUUUUAUGUGUAUUGUAUACCUCAUUGAGAAAAAUAAAAAGCUUUGUAGCAUUU